AUGGGAGGAGGGAGAAGAACAGAGACGUUUAUACGUGAUUCUGCAUCAUCAUCAUCAACCAACCAGAGGGAGAACACUGGAGGAUUCAGAUAUUUGACUAAAAAACAACUUGGAGGAGUAAUAUUUGGUUGCAAGUACAACACAAUGAAACAGUGUUUACACAAUCAGUUAUUUGGUUUGCCUGCUGCACAUUUUUCAUAUGUGAAGAAUAUCGAUCCAGGUUUGCCACUGUUUUUGUUCAACUACAGUAAUCAGGAGCUUCAUGGCAUCUAUGAAUCUGCAAGCUCCGGAAAAAUGAAUAUCAAUCCUUAUGGUUGGACGACAGACGGUUAUGGAAGAACACCAUAUCCUGCACAGGUUCAGAUCCGUCCUCGUCUGCAGUGCAAACCUCUGGUGGAAAAUCUGUUUAAGCCUAUAAUUCAGGAUAACUAUUACAAUGAGAAACAUUUCAUGUUUGAGCUAGAUCAUGUUCAUGCUAGUAAUUUGAUCUCCAAGCUCUCAUCUUGUGUAUUGGCUCCAAUCAGAAGCAUACCAGAAGAAAAUGACAAGCCGCGAUAUGCUGCAGAAUGCAGCAGCUCAGGAGCUUCUAGAAAAGGGAAUGUAGAGAAAAGCACUAUUGCAGUGAUGAAUGCUACUAGAAAUGAUGUAAUACUAAGAGAGGAAAAGAAUGGCGAAAGCUCAGCUAACUUGGCUGGCUAUCCCUCUGAGUCAAUCUUCUUAGUCGGAGGAUAUAAUGGGGAAUCAUGGUUAUCUACCUUGGAGUCAUACUCACCUUCAAAUGAUGUGUUAAAAUCUUUUAAGCCAAUGCAUUCAGUCCGAACGUAUGCCGGAGUUGCAAAAUUGUGUGGAGAGCUUUUUGUAUUUGGUGGUGGUGGUGCUGUUGGAACUGGAAGCUUGUGGUACGACACAGUUGAAUCAUAUAGACCAGCAGAUAACAAGUGGACUAUACGUUCUCCUUUGAAUACGAAAAAGGGUGCUUUAGCUGGUGCUACUUGGAAGGACAAAAUUUUUGCAAUUGUCGGUGGAAAUGUGAUUGAUUGCUUCUCAGAAGUUGAAAUGUAUGAUCCUCAAGUAGGACGUUGGAUUAAUACAAGGCCCAUGUGGCAAAAGCGAUCUUGUCUUGCUGCUGCAGAACUCAAUGGUGCGUUAUACGCUGUUGGUGGAUAUGAUGGAAGCUAUUACCUCGCGACUGCUGAAAGAUUUGAUCCAAGAGAACAUUCAUGGACCAAAAUUACAAGUAUGAGUACGAGAAGAGGAUGUCAUACUUUGGCUGUGUUGGAUGGGAAGUUAUAUGCACUUGGUGGGUAUGAUGGGUCUAAAAUGGUGCGUAGCACUGAAAUAUAUGACCCCCGUCUUGGAACAUGGAUAUUUGGGGAGCCAAUGAAGCUCGCGAGAGGUUAUUCAGCAGCUGCUGUUUUACAGGACUCUAUUUAUGUGAUUGGAGGAGUUAAAUCUAAUGAGGAAGUUGUAGACAUGAUUGAAUGUUAUAAGCACGGUCAAGGCUGGAAAACACCCAACUUGACGGGGGAAUAGGAAAAAGGUGCUUGUCCUCAGCUAUAGUCUUAACUAA